AUGGAAAACACCGGUCUAGAAUUAUUAAUGGAGAACUUGAAGCAACUAAUAUACUGUGACCACAACCCAUCGAUCAAUGAGAACCCAUUUGUUCAGGACAAGAGGUCACAGAUCCAGUCUUUGUAUGAGGAACUUGAGUCCCUGAGAAACUUUGUUAUUGAUAUGGAGGUCACAAAGGAACCCCUUGAGCUCGAAAAGACUAGAAACUUGAAGAGAAGGCUCAAAGAUGUGGUAGAUGAUGCUGAGGACAUUGUCGAUCUAUUCCUCACCAGUGCUAUCAUCAGAAACAAUGCAAGCAUGACGAUGUGUGUAGCUGACAACUGUGAUCUCUCCCCAAACCUUGAUAGUGCUAUACAAGAGAUCAAGUCAAUUAAGAGAGAGAUUAUGGAUACCAAGAUGCAGUCUCAUCAAACUCAAGGCCUGCAGCCAACUUCUGCAGGAACUUCGCCUACCAGAAAAUAUAGUGGAGUACUAAAGGAAGAAAUCAUAGUGGGUCUUGAAGACGACUCAAUGGUUUUACUCGACAGACUUACGGGAAAUCGAAAGCAAUUAGAUGUCAUGUCCAUUGUUGGUAUGGGUGGACUAGGUAAGACUACAUUGGCAACAAAAGUUUUCAAUAAUCGGUAUAUUGUCUAUCAUUUCCAUGUUCGUGCAUGGGUUACAGUGUCUCAAGCAUAUGAUAAAAAGGAUCUGUUAAUUUCCCUUUUAACAUCCAUUGGUAAACUAGAGCCAGAAGAUCUUGAUAAGUUGAAGGAUCAUAAAAUCUCAGAAUUGCUGUACAAGAGCUUGAAAGGGAAGAGAUAUCUAAUUGUCAUUGAUGAUGUAUGGAGUGCAAAGGCGUGGGAUGAUUUGAAACUUUAUUUCCCAAAUGACAACACCGGGAGUAGAAUUCUGCUAACCACUCGCCUCUCCGAAAUAGCUUUUUACGCAAAACCAGAUGGCUUCACACACCACCUACAAUUUCUGACCGAAGAGGAGAGUUGGGAGCUAUUGUGCAAGAAAGUGUUUCAGGAAGAUGGCUGUCCUCAAAGAUUGAUCAAGUCUGGAAUUAAAAUUGCCAAGAAAUGCCAGGGAUUACCACUAGCAGUAGUUGUCAUAGCUGGAUUGUUAGUAAAGGGAGAGAAGAGCGUAGACUUGUGGGAAAAAGUUGCUGAAAGUGUAACUUCAUACAUUGUUGGGGAUCCGAAUGGAUACUUGGACACAUUGGCUUUGAGUUACGACCAUUUACCUAGGCAUUUAAGAGACUGUUUUCUCUAUGUAGGGGGUUUCCCAGAGGACUAUAAAAUCCCAGUGCGAAGGUUAAUCUGGUUAUGGGUGGCUGAGGGAUUUAUACAUGAAGAUUGCCCUAAACUCAUGGAAGAAGUGGCUGAAGAAUACUUGAUGGAUUUAAUAGAUAGAAGUCUACUGAUUGUUGCAAAAAGAAGGUCCAAUGGUGGGGUCAAGGCUUGUCGUAUCCAUGAUCUACUGAGGGAGCUAUGUUUGAAAAAAGCUACAGAAGAGAAUUUUUUCUCAAGGUCAGGUUACCUUUCAUCAUCUAAGUUUAUUUCAUGUAGAGAUAAGCAACGGCGUUUAUUUGCGGACUCUAAAUUUUUAUCUAAGAUUUCUUCUGACAAUUCUGCCCCACAUAUUCGCUCGUUUUUGUGCUUUAACAAGGAAUGGUACUUCAGUUUAGGAGUUGAAAGGUGUUUCCAUCCCUUUCUACUUAUCAGAGUACUUGAUCUACAAACUAUUCACACAUCCACAGUUCCUCUUGCUUUAGAAUUUCUAGUUCAUCUUAGGCACUUAGCUCUUUGGUCUGAGGUCACAAAGCUCCCCUCCGCAGUGUGUAAUCUGUGGAAACUUCAAACUCUCAUUCUUAAAGAAAAUUACUCUGGUUUCAUGAACUUACCUGAAAACAUUCCAAAGAUGAUUAGUUUGAGGCAUUUGUGGAUUGAAAUGAUCAUUUCUAUUCCUGAUAUUCACAACCCAACCAAAUCUGAUGUGUUUUCCAACUUGCAAACUCUUUCCAUGGUAAGAUUAGAUGGUAGAGCUGAAAGUUUGUUGAAAAGGAUUCCAAAUAUCAGGAAGCUUGGUUGUGCUGUCUAUGGGGAUCAAAAAGAAUACUCAUUCCCGAAUUUUUCCUUACUAGAUCAUCUUGAAACAUUAAAGGUGAUCCAGCCGGAAGUUCUGCAGGUGGAAUCACUGUUGUCAAAUAAAUACUUUAGUUUCCCAGUAACCCUAAAAAAGCUUACUCUAUCAGGAUGUCGUCUUCCUUGGUUUUGUAUGUCAAAUAUUCAAUGGUUGCCUAACCUUGAAGUUCUCAAGUUGCUAAACUAUGCUUUUGAAGGACCCUCGUGGGACACUGGUGAGGGGCAGUUUCGCCAACUAAAGUUCUUGAAAUUGCAGAAUCUGGAUGUUCAUCAAUGGGACGCCUAUAGCUGCAACUUCCCCUGCCUUAAAAGAUUGGUGUUGCUAGAAUGCUACUAUCUUAAGGGUAUUCCAGAGAAUAUAGGAGACAUCCCCACGCUUGAGAUGAUUGAUAUUGAUAAACGGAACCACACUGUCGUCAAAUCUGCUAAUAGAAUACAGGAAAAGCAGCAUGAAAUGGGAAAUUAUGAGUUGAAGAUCAAUGUGAUAGGUUUUUUGACAUCAAUAAGAUGA